ACCACGCCUCCUCGGCUCGCUUGAUCUUGGAGGUCCAUUCGUGCGUGUAAAGCAGUGGAGUGCCUCGCCGGGAGGGUGGAUGUGUGUUUUUCUGUUCAUUUUUACAGGCUUCUCCGGUUGUAAUUCGCCAUCAUACUUCAGGAAUAGCGUUAAAUAAGGGGUUUCCCUCAGCACUUCGGGUUGUACUUAGCGGCGGUGUGGCGCAACGCUGUAAGCGCGGAGCUCAGGAUCACCUUGGCUGCAGCAGCUGCAUUACUAGUGUCUUGAGGAGAGUGGAGUCGCUAGGCAGUUGCCAAAAGAAACGGGCAGUUGCUAACAAGUAGUUAGCAAGUCAGCCAGUUAGCCUGCCAGCUAGCCACCUCUCCCUCCUGCCACAGCAAGUCCCACCCUCGGCAAGUGCGUGGACGUCGUAAGAAGCUGCAGCGGUGAAGUCGAGUGCUUUUCCCUCUCAACUUAGCCAGCAUCGCUGUACAGCUGGCUGGCAAGCUAAAAUAGCCCUCCAGACGUUAGCUAGGUGACGCCAACGUACGACUGUUGGCUUUAACGGCGGACAAGUGUCUUUCUGAGGAGGGCUACGGUCGCUACACUGGCAAAGAGACUGGCUAAAAAGAAGAGGCGAAAUAAGAGCGAACAAGGAAGACACCGAGAAGGAGGGGACUGGCUAGUGUAGCCGGGGAGACUGAAUUUCACAUAGAUAGCAAAAGCCGCCACUGAGCCACGCACAACCAUGAGUAUUGAGAUACCGGUGGGCUUGACAGAACUGCUGCAGGGCUACACUGUGGAGGUGCUGCGACAAAGGCCGUCAGACCUGGUGGAUUUUGCAGUACAGUACUUCACCCGUUUGCGGGACACCAGAAGUCAGGAUGGGGCCGGUGCCUGUGGCAAGACGGGGAAAGGAGUGAUGUUCGAUGGGGAGCCGAUGCAAACAGAGUCUAACGGAGAGGAUGACGAAGAUGACGAUUCUGACUUUGAGCCUCCACCACCCAGCAGAUUCAACAGGAGAGUGUCAGUGUGUGCGGAGGCAUUCAACCCAGACGAGGACGACGAGGAUACGGAGCCCAGAGUGGUUCACCCAAAAACAGAUGAACAGCGCUGCAGACUGCAGGAGGCCUGCCGAGACAUCCUACUCUUUAAAACACUAGACCAGGAGCAGUUCUCAGAGGUGCUGGACGCCAUGUUUGAGUUAAGGGUUCAGCCCCAGGAGCACGUCAUCGACCAGGGAGAUGAUGGAGAUAACUUCUACGUCAUAGAGAGGGGUGUGUAUGACAUAGUGGUAAAGGGAACAUGCGUGGGUCAGUAUAACAAUAAGGGCAGCUUCGGGGAGCUGGCACUCAUGUACAACACGCCACGCGCCGCCACCAUCAUCGCCACCACGGAGGGAGCAUUAUGGGGACUGGACCGUGCCACCUUCCGAAGACUCAUUGUGAAGAACAAUGCCAAGAAGAGGAGGAUGUACGAGUGUUUCAUCGAGUCUGUGCCCUUACUCAAGUCACUGGAGGCAACAGAAAGGAUGAAAAUUGUGGAUGUAUUAGGAGCGAAGCAGUUCUCAGAUGGCGAGCGCAUCAUCACACAGGGUGACAAGGCCGAGUGCUUCUAUAUUGUAGAAUCCGGGGAGGUCAAGAUCAUGAUGAAGAGUAAAACGAAAGCGGACCAUGCAGACAAUGCGGAGGUGGAGUUAACGCGCUGUAGCAGGGGUCAUUACUUUGGGGAGCUGGCCUUGGUCACCAACAAGCCCCGGGCCGCCUCAGCCUACGCAGUGGGCGAUGUCAAGUGUUUGGUAAUAGACAUACAGGCGUUUGAGCGCCUCCUGGGCUCCUGUAAGGAGAUCAUGAAGAGGAACAUCGCCCACUAUGAGGAGCAGCUGGUGGCCCUGUUCGGCUCCAGCAUGGACCUGAGAGACUGAGCCUCCCACACCACCCUCCGUGCCUUCUACCACACACACACACACACACACACACACACACACACACACACACACACACACACACACACACACACAGACAGACAUAUGUCCUCUAUCAUACAGUGGCUGUACAGACUUGUAGUAACUUUACACAGGCUGUGACACAUAUGAGAAAAUUGGCUCACCUGCAAGUACAUAACUGCCCACACAUUCUGAACACAUACAUGUACACUGACACCCAUGUAGGCACAGAUAGAUGCUCACGUUACUUAGCCUGCUCACCCUUGUGCACAUACUAGCUCAACACACUCCUUUGUAAGUUAUAAGCUCACUUUGUAGAUGCGCACACACGCACACACACACACACACACAGAGCUAGCUAAAAGCCACACACCUUGUUGUUUGAGCCAGCUCCAACCUCUCAGUAUGAAUGUCUUUGCUGCAAUGACCUUGAUGCAGGUAACGCAGUGUAAGAACAUAAAACACACACAUUCGCACAUACUCCAUACACAUGUUAAAACAAAAAAAGACAUCAUGCUUCAUUUGUGCAGGCUUUGCAUUCACUUUGAGCACUUAAACAACUUAAAGUUGUUCGAACGAGCCUCAUUUAAGGACACAUCUACACAUCAACACACAUGCAGACACACACACACAUACACACAGACAGGGGUACAGAUACUCAAAAGUACAUAGGUUACCACACUUGCAAAAACGGAUACAUUGUGGUAAAAUGGAGACGAAAAACUUUAAAAAAUCUCUGAAAAGGAAAAAUGAAUCAAAAAUGCAAAAAAAAAAGAAAAGUUUAAAGAAGACAGAUAAGUUUUAGAAACAUUUUAUGAAGAUAAAAAAACAGAAGCUUUGAUAAAAUAUUAUUUAAAUAAAAAAAAGUGUUUCCUCUUUGGGAGGCCGGGGUGCAGAACUUUGUGGGCGUGCUCCAUUUCUUCCUCUACUGUUGUUGAUUGAGUUGAGUUAGUGCUGGUGAUUAUUGCAGUACCACAGAAGAAGAAGCGAAAACGAUAACAACCCUACGUUUUCUGGGACAUUGUUAUUCUGUCAUUGACGCCACAUGUCAUUGUAUUGAAUUAAUUAUUAAUGUAUUGUUAUUAUAUAUUCAUUUAUUAUUUUUUGUUUUACUUUGACCAAUUCUGAUAAAAUUCACCAUCCAUCUGACAAAAUGAUAAAAACAGAAAAAAAGUUCUAAUAAAAACAGUAGUGCUUAUUUCUCCUUGAUUAUCCUUGAAUGAGUUGUCCUGGAUUUAAAAAAAGAAAAAAAAAACCUGAAAAAAUAAAGCAAACAUUUUGUUAAA